AUGUCAGGGCGCCCGGUGUACAUUCCUCCCGCAAAGAGAAAAAGUGGCAGCAACAACAACAGCAAGCCACAGAGAUUUCAUGGAGCGUUCACGGGUGGAUUCUCCGCGGGGUAUUUCAAUACUGUGGAUACUAAAGAAGGAUGGAAGCCAAGCAAUCAAAAACUCAAAGACCAGCGUUUGGAGGAUUUUAUGGACGAGCAAGAUCACGAAGAAUGGGGGGGACCAACAAAGGUUCGGCAAGAUUACCAUCCGGAUACAAAAGAUACCACCUCCAGUUUGAGACCAGGCCCUGAAAAGAAAACCGAGUCAUUGGACACACUCCUUCGGAUAUCAGCCCAUCGAGCGAUUGGUUCGAGGCUCCUGAGGAAGCUUGGUUGGAGAGAAGAAGGAAAGGCCGCCUUUGUGCCCAUGGGACGUGACGAACAAGUUGAAACUAAGCAGGAAGAAGAUAAUGACGCUAAUUUGGUUCUUUCUAGGAGGCGGCUGAAAAAGAUUCGCCUGCAAACCAAUCGCUUCAAAAUUCCACCACCUAAGCUGGACGACUGUGGACUGGGAUUUGAACCGCACCAAGAUGCACCGGAAUUCAAAGCCUUUCGAGAGCGAAAAAAGCAACUCGCCAAAGAACGUGGUUCAGCAGGUGGCUCUAGUAGCGAUGUCUACCGAGCAUCGGCACUGACAGAAGGAAACAACGGGGAUCAACUCUCGAGCGGAAAAGGUGACAACGAUUGUGAUGAUUAUUUGAAUUAUGAAACCACAGAAGAUUUCAUUGGGAAGACGUCAGUAGGUGGAUUCGCUCUCAGAGACGACGAAGAUGAUGCUUACGACAAUACAACCAACGGAAGGCCAGGUGGGAAACCUUCUCGUGACAUGUUGGGGGACGAAUACAACACGGAAAUUUACGAACAUCGAGACAGUGACAAUGAAGAAUCAGCUGGGGAUGUUACAUUUGAUCCAUCUCGAGCGCAAUUGAAUGAUAGAGGCCUGUUACAGCGCAAGACUGAUCUUAGUGGCGUUCUGUCGUCGUGGGCGAACACGUCCAGCAAUACGACCAAAGCAGCAGCGUUGAUGUCGAACGGAAAGCCUCCUUUGGAAGGAUUUGUUUUGGGUGGAAGCAUAAAUUCUCACAAGAAACGUUAUCCUGGUCCAGACAUGCCUAGAGAUUACAUCACAAAACGACACAUCUUUGGAGAAAAUGAACAUCCACUGAUUUUCCAAACAAUUGCUCGAGCGGUCAAACUACAAGAGAAAGAACAGCACCGACAAAAAAUGAACCAGAAGGUUCUUCCUCCGUUGACAGGAAGCAAGAACUUUGUCAAUCUUGCACUAGCAAUGAAAAAUCGUUUCACCACUAGCAAAACCGAAGAAACCAAGGUAACAGGCCGAGCUGGCUUGUACAAACCCGACCCACUUGUUGCAAAACGUCAAAGAGGCGAAGACACAUCUCCGACAAACGUUCCUACCGCCAAGAAACCUAUUGUGCUGAAGCGCACAGUCCAAACCUUUCUUCCUCAUCCAUUGCUCUGUAAACGAUUCGGAGUUCCUGUGCCAAAGAAUGCCGUCGGAAUAUCUAUGAAUUCAUCCAUGAUAUCUUCAAAUCAACCUUCAAGAGUUACAGAAGCCAACUACUUUGAAACGGAGAUUAUGAGUGUUCGGGAAAACAAAAAAGUGUCAAAGCAGGAGAAAGUAAGAGAUAAAAAGAAGGCUAGCGAUAAAGCGAAUCCUGACAUGGACAUGGAGCAAGAUCCAGAUGGUCUGCAACGGCCAUCUAUGGAAAAGCUCAAGUCCAUUUUCGAAGCCAACUCCGAUACUGAUUCCAGUACCGAUCUUGAUGCUUCUAGCGAUGAAGAUGAGGAACAAGAGGAACGACCGGGGAACGAAAUGAUGCAAAGAGCAAAGGAUAUUGUCGCGAACGCUGUUGCCAUGGGAGGCGAAAGGCCUUCCUCCGAAACAUCUCGGCCGAUGCCUGGCAGCAAGGAGGACAAUGACAACAACAAAGACGACAUGUCGUCAUCUGCUUCUUCCGCUGACUCCAGACGGCGCGAACGUCGUAGCAAACGAAAGAGCCACCGAAAGCACUCCUCUCGGAGACGGAAACGAUCGCGUUCACCAGAUGCAGAUGACGUAGAUCACCGACGUCCCAAAGAGCGCCGGCGAAAGCAUGAUCGAAAGCAUAAAAAGAAGAAGUCGUCUCGACACAAAAGGGACAAAGAUGUUUAG